GGAAAGCGAAGUGCAGGCUCUUUUGUGUGGCCUGGGAUUAUAACUGGGGCUGCGGAUAGCAUUGAGGGGAUUGAGCAUACAAGUGCUGUAUUCCAGCUCAGAGAGAAGUGUUUGCUGUUGCUGCUGCUGCUGUUGCUGCCACUGUCAUCAGAAUGACUCUCCAAGCUGACUUUGACAGUGCUGCAGAAGAGGUAAAAAAAUUAAAAACGAGACCAAGUGAUGAAGAACUGAAGGAGCUAUAUGGACUCUACAAACAGUCUACUGUUGGAGACAUUAAUAUUGAGUGUCCAGGAGUGCUAGACUUAAAAGGCAAAGCCAAAUGGGAAGCAUGGAACCUUAAAAAAGGUUUAUCAAAGGAGGAUGCCAUGAAUGCCUACAUCUCUAAAGCAAAAGAGGUGAUAGAAAAAUAUGGGAUCUAGAAUAUUCCAGAUAAUUUCCAGAAACAAAAAUCAAUAACUCCCCAGAAGCUAAUGAACUAACUAUUUUGAGGAAAAAUGCAAUAACGUUUUCACAUUUAGUUUGACACCAUGAUUUACUAAGCAUGAAUUAUUUAACUGUAAGAAGUGAUUUACAUAUGUACGGAACUUCUCAGAUACUGAGUAUGCUUAUUUUGAAUAAAGUUACCAAUUAGAUUGG